AUGGAAGAAAUUUAUACUGACUCGAUGCUGGAUUUUCCUGAAGCUGGAUUUCACGGUCCUUCUGACUGUGAUGGAACAUCUGUUGGAGGUAGGAAAUUAGAAGAUGUAGAAGAGGAGAUGACUAAGAAUGCAGGUAAUUUUCAAAGUCAGGCUAGGGAUAAAUGGUCUCAGUUCAGAGCCUUGCUUCCUAAUCAAGGAGGGGCAAAACUCAUAUUCGAGGAACCAAUUGUUGAAGAGGGCCAACGAAUUGCUCAAGUUGAUUUGGAUGAGGUUCUUGGGGCUAACCCUCCGUUUGCUGUUUUUGAAGGUUUUAUCAAAAGGAUAUGGGGUAAACUUGGCAUUGAGAGAAUAGCUAGGCUGAAUAAUGGGUUCACACUUGUUAAUUUUCGUGAUGAAGCCACUAGGGAUCUGGUUUUGGAAGCUGGGGUUCUACAUUUUGAUAGGAAACCAGUGAUAGUGAAGCCUUGGUCUGCCGAUUUGGACACUCUGAAGGCAGUGAAGUCAGUUCCUGUCUGGAUUAGAUUGCCAGGUCUUGGGCUACAAUAUUGGGGUACUAAGUGCUUGAGUGCUCUUAUGAGCACGAUUGGGGUACCAAUCUUGGUAGAUAAAGUUACGAAGGACAGAUCUAUGAUGCAAUUCGCUAGAGUUUUAGUGGAGAUAGAACUUUCGGAGGAUCUCCCUAAAUCGGUUCAAUUUCUCAAUGAGAAAGGGCAGUUAGUGGAGCAAUUUCUGGAGUUUGAGUGGCUUCCUACCCAAUGUAGGGGGUGUAAAGUGUAUGGCCACACUGAAAGAAUGUGUAAUAAGAAGCUAGCUGAGAUUUGGAGGCCAAAAACCAGAAUGGGAGUGGAUGAGGCCAGGCAAGUCCCUAUGGAUCAACAGGUUGUUUCAGAGGUCAAAGAGGCAGGGAUUCCUGAGAUUGGGCCUUUUGUUGCAAUAAAUGGGAAUGAGGAUAUUGAGACCCAUACUGUGAGUACUAAGGAGUUGGAUAAGCCCCAGGAGAGUUCAAAAAAUGUUCCUGAAUCGUCUGUUGUAAACGAGACUCGGACACCAGUUAUUAAGACCACUGAAGGUGGUAUUUCAGACUGGAUUACCCCUAAUCGGGUUGGUGGGAAUAAGAAGGCUAUCCAUAGGGCAAAGAACACUUUGACGAAUUCCUAUAGUGCUUUGCAAGAUAAGGUUAUGGAGGUUGCAAAUUUGGGACUAACAUCAACAAGUGCCUUGUUGGAGACCAAACUGAGGGGUGAUAAGAUUAAGAAGAUGAUGCAAUCUUUUUUCAGAGGCUGGAGCUUUUUUUCUGGUUCAACUUCAGAAGGCAGAUUGUUGCUUAUUUGGCAGCAACACUUGGUGUCUGUAGAUGUUCUUAAAGAAACAGACCAGUUACUUCAUGCUUAUGUCAAGGGCAUAAGGACUAAUAAAGUUUUUUGUGUGACGUUUGUUUAUGGUAGGAAUUCAAUUGAGGAAAGAGUGACUCUUUGGAGGGAUUUGACUAAUCUUUGUUUUCCAGCUACUGCGUGGCUGUUAACUGGAGAUUUUAAUGCUGUUUUUGAGAGAGCGGACAGAGUAGGUGGUCGUGCUAUAUCGUCCCUUGAAUUAUCUGAUGCUCAAACUUGGAGGGCCUUGGGGUUAGUUGAUGAAUUGCGUGCUAGAGGGUCUCAUUUUACUUGGACGAAUAAACAGACGAAUGAUGACCGAAUUUACUCGAGAUUGGAUAAAGUCUUUAAGAAUGAAGAUUGGUUGGACAUUUUCCCUCAAUCUGAGGCUGUGUUCAACUGGGAACUUCACUCUGACCAUUGCUACUGCAUUAUCAAACCUGAAGUUUCUGUUAACUGUGGUGUUAAACUUUUCAGGUUCUUCAAUAUGUGGACUAAUCAUGAACAUUUUAAGUCUACUGUCUUGCAAAGCUGGUGUAAACCUAUUCGAGGGACUGGGCUGGUGCGUAUCUGUAACAAACUGAGCAGGCUUCAGAUGGUGCUUCGAAAUUUUAACAGGCAUAUCAUGGGGGAUGUUGGCCAGAAUUUCAUAGUGGCUAAGGAAAAGUUCCAGGCUGCCCAGAUUUCCCUGCAGAGUGAUCCUCACUCGGUUAGUCUUCAAAGACUUGAAGCUACAGCUGGUGAUAAUCUGGAGUACCAUGUCAGGAGUAUUGAAAAUUUUGCUGCUGUUGUGGACCAUUUUGUGACUCAUUUCCAGAAAAUUAUGGGAAGAAAGAGCAUGGCCUCUAGUCCAAUUCAGAAAUCCUGCUUUGAACUCGGUCAUAAAUUGAGUCUGGAACAGCAAGUUAGCUUAGUAAAUCCAUUCUCUAUCAAGGAAGUUAAAGAUGCGUUGUUUAUCAUUAACUCUAUUAAAAGUCCGGGGCCUGAUGGGUUUGGCUCGGGAUUUUUCAAAGUUCUUUGGAGCGAGUUAGAGGCUGAAAUCUCAGCAGCUAUUCUAGAUUUCUUUGAGUGUGGUAAUCUGCCUGAGGAAAUUAAUAAGGCUACUAUUUCCUUGGUCCCUAAAAUUGAGACUCCUUCUCGAGCAGCAGAUUAUAGGCCAAUUGCUUGUUGUAACUCUAUUUACAAAUGCAUUUCUAAAAUGCUUUGUAGUAGAUUGGCUUUAGUGCUUCCUAGUCUGGUCCAUCCAAAUCAAGGAGCCUUUGUUAAAAACAGGUUAUUGGCGCAUAAUAUUCUUAUUCUUCAGGAUAUUAUUAAAGGCUAUAAGAGGAAAAACACUUCCCCUAGGUGUGUAUUGAAGAUUGAUUUGAGCAAAGCCUAUGAUAUGUUAGAUUGGAACUUUGUGGAGGAUAUUCUCACUGAAUUUUGUUUUCCGGUUAAAUUCAUCAAUUGGGUCAUGGCUUGCUUGAAGGAUCCAACCUAUUUAAUUCUUAUGAAUGGAAAGGUUUAA